GUCACGGGCUCGCCCGGCCCGGCGCCUAAGCAGCUGCUCCCUGCUGACUGGGGUGUGGGCGGGGAGCGGCGGAGGGAGGAGGAGGCAGUGCUGGCCGCCGCCGUUUGCCUCCACUGCUGGGCGCCUGGGUAGAGCUCCCCGGGUUCGUGCGGCCGCCAUGGACGAGCAAGCGGGUCCCGGCGUCUUCUUCAGCAACAACCACCCGGGUGCUGGUGCUGCUAAGGGGCUCGGGCCUCUGGCGGAGGCUGCAGCGGUUAGCGACGGGGCAGCUGCAGCGGGGGCGGCGCGAGCCCAGUACAGCCUCCCGGGGAUCCUGCACUUCCUGCAGCACGAGUGGGCCCGCUUCGAGGUGGAGAGAGCCCAGUGGGAGGUGGAGCGGGCGGAGCUGCAGGCACAGAUUGCCUUCCUCCAAGGGGAAAGGAAAGGCCAAGAAAAUCUGAAGAAAGAUCUUGUGAGGAGGAUCAAAAUGUUGGAAUAUGCUCUUAAACAGGAAAGAGCCAAAUACCACAAAUUGAAAUAUGGGACAGAAUUGAAUCAGGGAGAUAUGAAGCCUCCAAGCUAUGAUUCUGAUGAAGGUAAUGAAACAGAGGUGCAGCCACAACAAAAUAGCCAGUUAAUGUGGAAACAAGGUCGACAGCUGCUCAGACAGUAUCUCCAGGAAGUCGGCUACACAGACACUAUUCUAGAUGUGAAGUCUAAACGAGUGCGAGCAUUGUUGGGCUUUUCAAGUGAUGUCACUGAUAGGGAAGAUGACAAAAACCAGGACUCAGUUAUAAAUGGCACAGACGCUGAAGUUAAAGAGACAGCAAUGAUUGGAAAAUCCGAGUUAACGGAUUCUGCCUCAGUGCUGGAUAAUUUCAAAUUCCUUGAAAAUGCAGCUGCAGACUUCAGUGAUGAAGAUGAAGAUGAGGAUGUUGAUGGAAGAGAGAAAAGUGUCAUUGAUACUUCAACAAUUGUUCGGAAAAAAGCAUUGCCUGAUACUAGUGAAGAUAGAGAUACAAAAGAAGCUCUCAAGGAGUUUGACUUCCUGGUUGCAUCAGAGGAAGGAGACAGUGAAUCUAGAAGUGCAGGCGAUGGGACAGACUGGGAAAAGGAAGACCAGUGUCUCGUCCCUGAAGCCUGGAAUGUGGACCAGGGAGUAAUUACCAAACUCAAGGAACAAUACAAAAAGGAGAGAAAGGGGAAAAAAGGGGUGAAGAGGCCCAAUAGGUCAAAACUACAAGAUAUGCUUGCUAAUUUGAGAGAUGUUGAUGAACUUCCUUCAUUGCAGCCAUCCGUCGGUUCACCUUCCAGACCUAGCAGCUCCAGACUUCCUGAACAUGAAAUUAAUAGGGCAGAUGAAGUGGAAGCACUGACAUUUCCUCCUUCUUCUGGGAAAUCAUUUAUCAUGGGAGCAGAUGAAGCCCUGGAAAGUGAACUGGGCCUUGGAGAAUUAGCAGGCCUUACAGUGGCCAAUGAAGCAGAUUCACUAGCUUAUGAUGAGUACUUCUCUUGAUGUAGAGCCUAUCUAUACAUUCAGGGCUCAUAAAGGUCCAGUGCUUUGUGUAGUAAUGAGUAGCAAUGGUGAGCAGUGUUACAGUGGUGGUACUGAUGGACUGAUCCAGGGCUGGAAUACCACCAAUCCCAACAUCGAUCCCUAUGAUUCAUAUGAUCCUUCUGUUUUAAGAGGCCCUCUGGUGGGCCACACAGAUGCGGUGUGGGGGUUGGCUUACAGUGCAGCACACCACCGUUUGUUGUCCUGCUCAGCAGAUGGCACUCUUCGUGUGUGGAAUACAGCUGAGGUUGCUCCAGCACUAAGUGUGUUUAGUGAUAAUCAAGAACUGGGAAUCCCUGCCUCUGUGGAUCUAGUGAGCAGUGACCCGAGCCAUAUGGUAGCAUCAUUCAGCAAAGGAUACACAAGCAUCUUUAACAUGGAAACACAACAACGAAUUCUCACGUUAGAGUCCAAUCUAGAUGCAACAACCAAUUCUUCCUGCCAAAUAAAUAGAGUCAUCAGUCAUCCCACUCUUCCGAUCAGCAUCACUGCUCAUGAGGACAGACACAUCAAAUUCUAUGAUAAUAAUACAGGCAAACUGAUCCACUCGAUGGUAGCUCACCUAGAAGCCGUUACAAGUUUGGCAGUUGAUCCAAAUGGCUUGUACUUGAUGUCUGGAAGUCAUGACUGUUCAAUACGUUUAUGGAAUUUAGAAAGUAAGACAUGUAUCCAAGAGUUCACAGCUCAUCGGAAAAAAUUUGAAGAAUCGAUUCAUGAUGUUGCUUUCCACCCAUCCAAAUGCUAUAUAGCCAGUGCUGGAGCUGACGCACUGGCUAAGGUCUUUGUAUGACAUGAUGCAUCAUCUUCACCUUCUAGCUCUUUAUAAAUAAUCAACUGCACAAAAGAGAUACAGAAGACCGGGGCAAGACUCGACUCAUCCUGCCCUUUUGUCUGCUGAAGGAGCACAGAGAACAUUUGUUAAAGUAUAGUUUUGCAAUUCAUAAACUGUUUUCUAAAAUAAAAGUUUGUUUAGGUUGCUGCAAGCUCAGCUGAAUCUGUGAGCCUAAAAACUUUGAAAUUUCCCCCCAAAGAGGCACUUUUAUUUCUGAAGUUGUUCUAAUUCGCUAGGCAGGCCUGAGCGAACACAGGUUUAGCUUAUUCCUUUUGAGUAAACAGGGCAUGCUAUAAUGGAUAAUUCAAAGCUGGAUGGCUGGGAAUGAGUAGAGAGGAAACUUAGAUUUACUUCUCUCCUGAGAAAUCUUGUUACACGUAUUAGGUAGUCAAACAGUAAUCUUUACUAUAUCUGCUGUACUAAUCCCAUUGUGUAUAAUGACCAGUGUUAAAAUGAGAUUUUAAUUGAGCUCUCAACUGUUUUCAUAAAGUACAUGGCAAAGCAUUUUACCUGUUAGAAAGGAAAGAUUCAGUAGUAUGUUAAAUAUGUUAUUAAUGAGAAAUGCUAAACAAAUGCUUAGUUUGCAAGCAGAUUUCUAUAUUGUAUUACAAUUUUGAAAGUAGAUUUGGUACCAUUCUAAAAUUUAACCAUCAAAUACUAUUAUGAAGAAUAGUUGAUAGAGUCUGCUUUUACUAAAGGAUUUAACUUAUUCAGGCUUGAGUUUAAGGGCAAACAGCGUGUCUCUGUAAUUCUGUUUCAGAAUUCACCUUGUUCAUGUGCUAUUUAUAGUACUAGAGUGAUUAAUUCAUAUUGAUGAAAUAUACGUCCU